AACCGAGUGGCGAGUGACGUAUUGAGAUUUGAGAGCAUUGACGUCGGACGAGUGCGUGACACAUGUUGUUAUUACUGACCUUGAGAAAUAAGUGCAAAUGUGCAAUCACAUAACCGUUAUUCAAACCAAAACAUUACUCAGUAGUCACUAGUCAGUGUGUCACGUUUGAACGAUAUGCAAUUAUAAGUAAUUAAUAACAUAAAAUAGAACGUCACAAAUCACAAGACCAGCGUUCACUUCACCAUAAGUAUCGACUGUCAUCUGACGGAUGUAUUGACGUGUACUGUGUAAUCGUGUUGACGACCAGGAUCCAUGACAUAAUAAUAUUUCGUUUAACUGUAAAUUCUGUGUAGUGAACUUUUCGUAAAAUCAUAAUAUUCCAGUGGCUUCGCUCGCGUUGCAGAAAUCAGGUAGGUGAGACGCGUGCAACACGACGUUUCGUUCUUAUUAUUUUUUCAUUAUUGUUACAUAAUACCUAAUAUUAGGCAACUACUUGACGUCCACGAUUGUGUAACUUUAUUAAACAUAAUAUUGUCGACCUUGUUUUAUUUAACGAAUCGAAAAUUGCGGUAACUAACUUCCCCUAAAAAUAGCUAUGUAUCCACAAGUGAACAAAGAGCAAAAUUUACCAUCAGCUCCACCAUCCUACUCGGACUCAAUGAAUGCUCCAAAGUAUGAGCCUUACAAUCCAGGCAAUAUUCCAAUUGGCCAUUCGUACAAUGCACCAACAAUGGGACCUCCUCAGCCCACUCGAGUGAUUGUUGUUCAGACUGAACCAAUACCCUUACCACCACUGGGUCCAAAAUCAGUGCAGUUGACAUGUCCUACAUGUAGAUCAUUAGUGACGACAAGAAUUGAAGAAGAGUCAUCUUCUACUGCUUAUUUAUGCUGCAUGUUGUUGUUUAUUGUUGGGUGUUUUGUUUGUUCAUGUUUACCAUUAUGUAUGGAUAACUUUAAAAAUUGUAAGCACUCAUGUCCAAGUUGUGGUUCUUUCAUUGGGAUUUAUAAGCCAUAAGCCAAAAAUGUAAUUAACUACCAAUUUAAAUGAAUGUGGAAAUUGCAUGUGCAUACAAUAUUUUAUUCCUUAUAAUUGUAUUAUUUUUAUCUUAAAUUUAUUUGUUUUUAUGAUAUUUCUUGUUUAGUUAACUAUUCAAUUGUCAAAUAGUAAUUCACAGAACGAAUUGACCUUUUAGUGAAUAUAGUUAUCUUUUAGCCUA